AUGGGUUGCUCCAUCUCCAGAUUCACCAUCCUCUCGUCGCUGCACACCCACCACUCCCUUCUCGUCGACCAGCCGCCGUCAAUCCACGCCUUCCACCCAGGUCCCGCCACCGGCCGGCGAGCGGUCUCCCACCCCGCCCCGCUCGUCCACCACCCGCCGUCGGGGAAAGGCGAUUCCGAGCAUCUGGUGUACUUAACCUCCACCACAUACGGCUCCGUCCUCCACAUUCCUCCUCCGCCUCCUCCCCCACCGCCGCCGUACAAGCCCGUGGAGGAAGAGUUCGGGCUUCCGGACCAGCCGGAGAAGAAAUUGGGGUCACCGUCGAAGCCGCUGUGGAAGCAUUUCUCGGAGGAGUCGUUUCUGUUGAAAUUGGACCCGGUCGUGGUCUCCAGCUACCGCCGCGCAUUGUUCGGCAAGAGCAAUCCCAAAAAAUCAGUACAUUCCGACUCCGAAUCUGGCUGGUCCCCUCAACCAGUCUGCGCCGCCGACGGCUGCGCGGCAAGGGGGAAG